AGACCAUGGAGUUCGAAACCCCACGCGUCCCCGAGACGAAGAAGAAGAAGAAGAAGAAGCUUGCCUUCCUUCUUGCCACUCAAUCCCCUCCGUGUGUAUCCAUGAAUUCCGCCUCUCAAACCCAAAGAUAACCUAAUCCUAUCCACUCUUACACCUCAAAGAUCUCACCUUUUUCUUCUUUUCCUCUUUGUUUUUCUCUUUUUGCCUCUGGUUCUAACUUCUAUCUGUGAUGGAGGAGAGGUAUGAGGCGUUGAAGGAGCUGGGAUCUGGGAACUUUGCCGUGGCGAGGUUGGUCAGGGAUAAGAAGACCAAGGAGCUUGUUGCAGUGAAGUAUAUUGAGAGAGGGAAGAAGAUUGAUGAGAAUGUGCAGAGAGAAAUCAUUAAUCACAGGUCAUUGAGGCAUCCCAACAUUGUUCGGUUUCGCGAGGUCUUGUUAACACCAACCCAGCUAGCUAUUGUCAUGGAAUACGCCGCCGGUGGGGAGCUUUUCGAGAGAAUUUGUAGUGCCGGUCGAUUUAGUGAGGAUGAGGCCCGGUUUUUCUUUCAGCAGCUGAUCUCUGGAGUCAGUUAUUGUCACUCAAUGGAAAUCUGUCACCGUGAUCUUAAACUGGAGAAUACUCUCCUGGAUGGAAGUCCGAUUCCUCGCCUGAAAAUAUGUGACUUUGGUUAUUCAAAGUCUGCUUUGUUGCAUUCACAACCGAAAUCAACGGUUGGAACUCCUGCCUACAUAGCGCCGGAGGUUCUGUCCCGGCACGAAUAUGACGGCAAGAUCGCAGAUGUUUGGUCAUGUGGUGUCACAUUGUAUGUAAUGCUUGUGGGUUCAUACCCAUUUGAAGAACCUGAAGACCCGAGAAAUUUCAGGAAGACGAUUAGUCGAAUAUUGAAUGUUCAAUACUCAAUUCCCGACUACGUUCGAGUAUCUGCAGAUUGCCGAAAAGUUCUCUCCCAAAUAUUCGUUGCAAACCCAAAGGAGAGAAUAACGAUCCCGGAGAUAAAGAAUCACCCUUGGUUUCUGAAGAACUUAUCUAAAGAGCUGAUUGAAGCUGAGAAAACCAACUGUGAAAACCGGGAGAACGAGGAACAAUUACAGAGUGUGGAAGAGAUAAUGAACAUCAUACAAGAGGCGAAAACACCAGCAGCCGGUGCUCUGGCCGUUAACCGGUCGGCGUUGGGAUCAACUGAAGAUGAUCUAGAUGCCAAUGUAGAUGCAGAAGUCGACGAAAGCUCCGACUUUUAGUUAUUUCUAUCUACCAAAUUGCUGUAAAUACAAGAAAAUAUAGUUUAAAUUUUGUACUACUUCAACAACUACAACUGCUUUGUGUUCUUAUUUCUGCAGUAAGGAAAUCAAGUUUGAGGACAAAAUGUUGAAUACAUUGCA